AACACAGGCUGAGAGAAGCUUCAUCACCAUGCAGGGGUGUGUCGUGGCUGUGCUGUGUGCAGCCUAUUUGGUCAUCUCUUUUGGGGAAGUGCAGAUGCAAGAGGAAUCUGAAGACUACUAUUAUGAAUAUCCGUACCUGCCCAAAAAUUGCUCUGUGUCAGAGUCCAUCACGGAUGGCUGGGUGUCCUACUCAGAGGGGGGCGCUGCAGGGAGCAUGCUGACCUAUCACUGUGAGGAGGGACAUUACCCCUUUCCAGUCAGCCAAAGGGUCUGCAGCACAGAGGGGGAGUGGUCCACCAUGAGGCUGGCCAAUGGGAGGACGGUGGCUCAGGCGACAUGCAAGGAGGUGCUGUGUCCAGCCCAGCUCCAGCUGGACAAUGGAGAGUUCUGGCCAAGGAAGCAGUGGUUCCGAUCUGGGGAGACACAGGAGUUCUCCUGUCAGGACGGGUUCACAUUGUAUGGGUCAGCAGUACGAAACUGCACCCCCUGGGGCGAAUGGACUGGCACUACCCCUGUUUGUGAUGACCAAGCGGAUGACUGCAUGAACCCAGGGACCCCGCCAGGUGCCCUACGAUCUGGAGAUCGCUUCCGGGUCGGAGAGAAGGUCCAGUACCGUUGCCACAUGGGCUUGGACCUGCUGGGUUCAUCUGAGCGUGUCUGUCUGGACUCCCGGGAGUGGAGCGGCUCAGAUGCCCGCUGUCUGGCCCAGUUCGCCUUUGAUUCCCCUAACAUGGUGGCUCAGGCAAUGGCGGGCUCGUUAGCUGGUGUCAUGGACGUUACCUCACCAGAGUUCAAAAAGAAAGCCAGCUUUGGAAGGAGCAUCCGGCCAGGCGAGGGCCGUUUAAACGUUUUCAUCCUGCUUGACAAUUCAGGCAGCAUCAGUGAGCAGCACUUCCUGGAGGCCAGGAAAGCCGUUGAGGGUCUCAUCAGGAAGCUGGACAGCUAUGAGGUGAACCUGAAAUAUGAGAUCAUCUCCUACGCCAGUCAGGCUCGAAACAUUGUGUCCAUAAUUGACCCUGAGAGCCACAACGCCGACUACGUCCUGUACGAGCUUCGUGAAUUUAAACGCACCGAUCACGGAACAAAGAGAGGUACCAAUCUCUACGCUGCUCUGCACAUGGUUUAUGCGAGCAUGGCCUUCCUAAAGGAGUCGAAGGAGAGCAAGUUCAACGAGACCCAGAACGUCAUUCUCAUCGUGACUGACGGCCAGUCCAACACAGGGAAGAGUCCCAAGAAUGCACUAAUGAGGAUCCGUGCCUUGUUGGACCUCAAGGACUCCUUGGACCACACACAUGAAAACCUACUUGAUAUCUACGUGUUUGGAGUGGGGAGCGAGGUGCGAAAGAAAGAGCUCAACGAAAUCGCUUCCAACAAGCAAAAGGAGAAACAUAUCUUCAUUCUGGAAAAGUUUAAAGACCUGGGGGAAGUGUUUGACGAAAUGAUCAGCGACUCAGCUGUGACGAUGUGUGGCAUUGCUCAAGAGUCGGUUAAAAAGAGUAAAGAAAACACCAGGCCCUGGAAUGUGGAGAUCACGACAAUGAUCAUGGGGAAGAUGGAGAACUGUAAGGGCUCCAUAGUGACCCAGAACUGGAUCAUGACAGCGGCUCAUUGCUUCAACGAGACAGCAGUGACCGACCCAAAGACUGUGACCGUCAGGCAUGGGAACCGGGAAAUAAAGACUGCUGCCUCUGUGAUUCUGCACCCACAAUACAAUGUGAGGGGACUAAGGCACAAGAAUGUGAAGGAGUUCUAUGACUAUGACAUUGCACUUAUCAAGCUCAACCAGAGCAUCCAGAUUUCAGGGGCAUCCAGGCCCAUCUGUCUGCCCUGUACAAAGCCAGCCAAUAGUGCUUUGAAAAUGGGUCCAGACUCCACCUGCGAGCAGCACAAGGAAGCCCUGUUCCAUCUAGAGGAGACCCCAGCCCACUUCCUUACCAAGCACUCUGAACGCAAGCAGACACACAUCCAGACUGGAGCCAGGAAGCUGGAAUGUAUCAAACAUGCAGCUGUCACCUUUUCACCAGAGACAACAGCAUCCCUGACAGAGGUUGUGACAGACAGGUUCCUCUGCACUGGAGGUUCACAGCUGUACAAGGAUGCGGUCACUUGUAAAGGUGACUCAGGGGGCUCUCUGUUCCUUCGCAAGAGACAGCGCUAUUUUCAUGUGGCUGUAGUAAGCUGGGGCAACAGGGACGUGUGCUCCAAACCAUCAAAGACACCUGAAUACUCACAGGACAAACCACCCCCCGAUGCUCGUGACUUCCAUGUCAGCCUGUUCUCUGUGUUGCCAUGGCUGCAAGAGCACCUGGGAAAGGACCUGGAGUUUCUGCCAAUUACCAACUGAGGCAGCACAUGUGGCCUCUCAGACAGACAUAUAUGCAGAAGGGGAAAACAAAUAUCUUGGUAAUUGUGUGAAGAUUAAAAUAUGAAAAUUCUAAAUGAAAACAUAUUGAUACCAUAGCCUUUUACUGUGUAUAAUUUAAUUGAUUGUUAAUGAUUCUGUGGAAAAAAAAUAUUGCUCAUGUAAAAUGUGUAAAUUCUUCCAAAAAGGGUUCUAAAUAUAGGGGAGAUAGUGAGCGUAGGAGCAGCAGCAUCGGCAACAUGCCUAAGAGGGAACAAGCGAGGAAUGUAAGGCAGUGUGGGGCCAGCAGCCCAGAGCAAUGCAAUUAGCUGCAUUCUCUGGGAGGGUAAUGCCACUGGGUUACUCUCCUUUUUGUCACUCAGUAACGACAUCUACUGUUCAUGAGGCAGUUGAGUUUGGGCAAAAGCACUCUCCUCCAAGCAUGUGAUGUUGCUUGGUAACAGUCGCAACUCCUACAGUGAAAAGGAGCAGCUGGCUUAACAGUAUCGGAAGAGGGUACCCAUAGCCCUGCUAGCCCUUGCUUGAUAGCCCUAUACACAAUCCUACUCAAGCAGCAGGAGGGGUAACCAAUGAAGUCAGUCACUGCCUGUUCCAUACACAUAUGACUACACUAGCUGUAUUGCUUGGAAUGAAAUGAUGGCAAAGAUACAAAUAAAAUGAAUUCAUUGUACAAACGCACAAUCAAUCUUGUGUACAUGUACAAAUAUUCACACAGUUUAAGACAUGGGUAAACAUUUAAGUCUUUGAGGGGGAAGUUCAUCCUAACCAGCCAUUUUUUCAAAAUCUUUUUCAGAUUACUGAAUAAUGCUGGAUGGUGAAGUUUAAACACUUUUUAAAAACAUGUUUAUUGGGAUGUAAAGAGUUAUGUGUAGAUUGCGUUUGCUCUCUAUGUAGAAUUCUUUCACAGUCCAAAGAAUCCUCAAAAAUAUCUUCCUUCCAAAAAGGGUUGAUUCAAAACAGCUCCUGAUGGAAGCCUUUGUCUGGCAAAUAGCCUUUGAUGAAUCUACUCUUCAAAAAAGUAUUCUUCAGAUGAAAAUGAUUCUAGGUAAAACAUGACCCCUCUAAGAGGAACCCUUUUGGAGGGUAUAAAAUAAAAAGAAACUUUUUGAUAUGCAGAAGUAGCUGCCAGUGGAGAAAAUGUAUUCAUGGGGUCCACAACUGGACCAAAAGCUGAUGUUGAUCAUUCUGAAAUAUACUGUUUAAAAUG